AUGCGCGCUGCCCGCGCCGCCCCGCUGCUCCAGCUGCUGCUCCUGCUGGGGCCGCGGCUCGAGGCUGCGGGCUUCGCGGAGCCCCCGCUACCCGCCGUGGUCCUUGCCAUCCUGGCCCGCAAUGCCGAGCACUCACUGCCCCACUACCUGGGCGCGCUGGAGCGGCUGGACUACCCCCGGGCCAGGCUGGCCCUCUGGUGUGCCACGGACCACAACGUGGACAACACCACGGAGAUGCUGCAGGAGUGGCUGGCCGCUGUGGGCAAUGACUAUGCAGCUGUAGUCUGGAGGCCUGAAGGGGACGCCAGGUCCUACCCAGACGAAGAGGGUCCCAAGCACUGGACCAAAGAAAGGCACCAGUUUCUGAUGGAGUUGAAGCAGGAAGCCCUGACCUUCGCCAGGGACUGGGGGGCUGACUAUAUCCUGUUUGCAGAUACAGACAAUAUUCUGACCAACAACCAGACACUGCGCCUUCUGACAGAGAAGGGGCUGCCUGUGGUGGCCCCAAUGCUGGACUCCCAGACCUACUACUCCAAUUUCUGGUGCGGGAUCACCCCCCAGGGCUACUACCGCCGCACAGCCGAGUACUUCCCCACCAAGAACCGCCAGCGCCGGGGCUGCUUCCGUGUCCCCAUGGUCCAUUCCACCUUUCUGAUAGCCCUGCGGGCUGAGGGGGCAGCCCAGCUCGCCUUCUACCCGCCUCACCCCAACUACACCUGGCCCUUCGAUGACAUCAUCAUCUUCGCCUAUGCCUGUCAGGCUGCAGGGGUCUCCGUCCACGUGUGCAAUGAGCACCGUUAUGGGUACAUGAACGUGGCUGUGAAGUCCCACCAGGGGCUAGAGGACGAGAGGGUCAACUUCAUCCACCUGAUCUUGGAAGCACUGGUGGACGGGCCCCCGAUGUGGGCCUCGGCUCAUGUGUCCCGGCCCCCAAAGAGGCCCAGCAAGAUGGGGUUUGAUGAGGUCUUUGUCAUCAGCCUGGCCCGCCGGCCCGACCGCCGGGAGCGCAUGCUGAGCUCGCUUUGGGAGAUGGAGAUCUCCGUGCGGGUGGUGGACGCUGUGGAUGGCCGGACACUCAACAGCAGCACCAUGAGGAGCCUCGGCGUGGACCUGCUGCCCGGCUACCAGGACCCCUACUCGGGCCGCACGCUGACCAAGGGCGAGGUGGGCUGCUUCCUAAGCCACUACUCCAUCUGGGAGGAGGUAGUUGCGAGGGGCCUGGCCCAGGUCGUGGUGUUUGAGGACGACGUGCGCUUUGAGAACAACUUCAGGGGGCGGCUGGAGCGGCUGAUGGAGGAGGUGGAGGCAGAGAAACUUCCAUGGGACCUGAUCUACCUCGGCCGGAAGCAGGUGAACCCUGAGGAGGAGGCAGCCGUGGAGGGGCUGCCACACCUGGUGGUGGCCGGGUACUCUUAUUGGACACUGGCGUACGUCCUGAGCCUGGAAGGUGCCCGCAAGCUAUUGGCCUCCCAGCCGCUGCGCCGAAUGCUGCCCGUGGACGAGUUCCUGCCCAUCAUGUUUGACCAGCACCCCAAUGAGCAGUACAAGGCACACUUCUGGCCACGGGACCUGCGGGCCUUCUCGGCCCGGCCCCUGCUCGCUGCCCCCACUCACUAUGCGGGGGACGCCAAGUGGCUCAGUGACACGGAGACCUCCUCGCCCUGGGAUGAUGACAGCGGCCGCCUCAUCAGCUGGAGCGGCUCUCACAAGACCCUGCGUGACCCCCGCCUGGACCUGGCCGGCAGCAGUGGGCACAGCCUCCAUCCCCACCCCCGGGAUGAGCUCUAGGUCUGGGUGGUGACUCCAGAGGAGGGCUCGGGAGCAGGCUGCAGCCGUCCAGGGAGCAGAGUUGGAAAUCGCUGGCAGAGGCUGCCACCAGGAGCCACAGACCCACAGCUGCGACCUCAGGCGUGGCCACUCUGCCCUCUGGACCCAUCUUUCAUCAGGAGAAACCACUCCAAGAUGGGGCCCUUCCCUGAAGGUCACGUGGUGAAAGGGCAGGGAUCACAGGCCCUCUUACCCUGCCCGGCCUGACUCAGGGCCUGGGGUAGAGGGAAGGA